AUGAAGCAUGUUGAUGUAUGGUACGAUGUAGCCUUACGACAAAAUUCACUGGCACUUAUUUUAGAGGAUGAUCCGCUCUUCGUUCCAUUUUUCAAAGAGAAGCUCAAUCGGCUCAUUUAUACUGCUAUUCGUACUGGUGCUCUUCGUGUUAACGGCACGUGUGUUGCACCCUCUUCUAAUCAGCCAAUGGCAGUAGAUGAAUGGAUCAACCAAGAGCCUAUGUUCGUCCUUGGUGCUUGCUUCAAUCUUCACGAUAAUCAAAGUUUUCGUGCAGACCAAUGGAAGGCAACACCGGUGCUCUCAACACAAAAGCUACGAGUUAGCCGAUGUGCCCAUGCAUAUAUCAUUACAGCAUGCACCGCGCAAGCCAUGGUUAGUGCACUCAAUGAACAAUAUACUGAAAUCGAUACACCAGAUUUUUUGAUGAAUCACAUAUUCCCAAAAUCAAGUUUAUUGCAAUCGUUCUGGAUCGAUCCACCUCUUGUCUAUCAAGGCAAUCGUGUCGAUCAUGAUAUUGAUCAGCUGCAAACUUUCAAAGAAACAAAGUACAACUUACCACUUUAA